AUGGGCAUGCCCACUGGCACCACGGCUGCGGGCUCCAGUCCCACCGGCAGCGCCAUGAACAGCUCCAUGGGCGACAUGGGCGACAUGAUGGGCAUGGGAGGCUCAUGCCAGAUCUCUAUGCUCUGGAACUGGAACGUCAUUGAUGCCUGCUUCAUCUCCGAGACCUGGCAAAUCAAGUCCAAGGGCAUGUUUGCGGGCUCCUGCAUCGGCGUCAUCCUCCUCGUCAUGGCUCUGGAGUUCCUCCGCCGCCUGUCCAAGGAGUACGACCGCUUCCUCAUCAAGCAGCACACCGACAAGUUCCAGGAAUCGCCCGCUCCCACCACCACCGCUGCGGCCAAGCCUGCUGCUGCAGCCGAUGCCACCAAGACGGGACUCGAGUCUGUCAACAGCAGAGAGGUGGCUUGCCCUGUCGCCACUGCCAUGCCUCCCUUCCGCCCAAGCGUGUUCCAGCAGGCCAUCCGUGCGUUGAUACACAUGGUUCAGUUUGCUGUUGCGUACUUUGUCAUGCUGCUGGCCAUGUACUACAACGGUUACUUCAUCAUCUGCAUCUUCAUCGGUGCUUACCUUGGCUCCUUCAUCUUUGGAUGGGAGACGCUGAGCGUGGGGUCAGUCUUCAGCCCCCGAAGCAAACCAGUGCUGCCAACGAGGCUACCGUCUGCUGCGGCUAGGUGCAAUUUCGGCACUCCUAGAUACCGAGUGAAACAAAGAGCCGACCCCGAUGCCACGCAGAUUUCGCGUGCAGUGUUACCGUGA